AUGGCUAUCAUUUCGAAGUUCGAAUGUAACGUAUGUGGAAAUUCAUACAAAACAAAUAGAGGACUAAAAAGACAUCUUAACAUUGUUACAAAGUACAAUGCUUCACGUCCUGACCUCGAUAUUUUACCUGAAAAUACUAUACAACAAUUUAAAGCUAUUUUAGUUCACUAUAUUUACAAACGAUUACCAAAAGAAUCUAAGCAAUUAGGAAAACAAUCAGUAUCAGUUCCUGCUACGGAAAGUCAAUUUUACGCAAUAUUUAAAAAUUACAUUCAUUAUUACUCUGCAUUAAAAAGCAAAUAUAAAUGUAUAUUUCAUGGAAGUUCUUCUAAUCAAUUGCUACCAAGUAUUUUAGAUGCACAAAAUUGGGGAAUCAAAUUUUAUGAGCAACGACAAUGUACUUAUAUCGUACUUUGUGAUGAUAAAGAUACUAUUGAUGCUGAAAAUCCUAUUGUACAGGCAAUUGCAUGA